UCGGUCUUGGGGGUGUCUGUGGGUUCUGGGGGCCUGGUGGGUUCUGGACUGGGCAGGUUUUGAGUGAUCUAGAAUCUAUGGUGCUCUAGAUCCUCGAUAGAGCAGUGGUGCUUGGUUGGGGCAGGCCUCUGUAAGGGCCCAGAAUGAAAGCCUAGAACUGGAGGAGGGCUCUGGUUCAGUGGGUUCUAGAGCUGGGGUGCUUUGGGUGACCUAGAACCAUUAGGCUCUAAAUUAGUUCCAGAGAAGGAGCCCUGCGCAGGGGGCUGGCGGGCUCUGUGGAUCAAGAAUGAGUGUCUAAAGCCAAGGGGUGGCUCUGGAUUAUCCUGGGGGGGGGUCCUGGGGUCUAGAGCAAGGUGGCUUUGGGUGACCUAGAACAGUGUUUCUCAACCUGUGGGUUGCAACCAGUGUCACUGGGUGCCCAUCAGUAGCUACCUGAAUGAACAGGUAGCAUUUCCCCUCAUCAGUGCCCCUCAUCAUACCCCUGCCGUGAGGGAUCCUAGUUUUCCCAGUACUUCCCACUGUCCCUGUGCUUCCUCUGCCAGUAUCUGCAGGGGUGCUAUAUGGAAGAAUUCACAAGGAUAUAUGGGUUGUGAAUAAACUUUAAAAAUGUAUUUAAAAAUAUGGGAAGCGGUGGCUUUUCCCUUGCCAGGUGGCAGAGUUCCAGCUUGCAAGGGGCUGCAUGGGGUCUCCUUUGCCCCACACACUUGCCCCCUGCCCCACACAUGGGGGAGGGGGGGGCAGCAGGUUGGGAGGGGCAUUAGGCCAUGACUGGCCAUUGAUGCUUAUAAAUGAGUCUUGGUACAAAAAAGGCUGAGAACAGCUGAUGCAGAACUGAGGCUGUAUCUGGCUUCUAAACCAGAGCCUUCCACAGUCUGCACCGGUCACAAACAAGAGUCUGGAGCCAAGUUCUGGGUUGCCCCAGGAGUGUGGUGGGUUCUAGAUCAGGGAGGCCUUGUGUGACCUAGAAGCAUUACAGUUUCUAAUUGGGGCUGCUCCAUGAUGGGGCAGGUUGUUGUAUUGUUCUAGAACAGGUCUGAGGCAGGUGUUUUCUAGAACAGACUUCAAACAGGAAGAGAGGCAGAUCUUUAAGCAUCUAGAGCAGAGUGGGACUGAAGCUUGGGGCCAGGGCUGGACUGAGGAUGGGUGCUUGUUCUUGACCAUGUUUUGCAACUGCUUUGGGAGCGAAGGCUCUAGAAUGAGUUACUGUUUUAGAUCUUAGUCCGGUACAUGCCAUGAGGUGGAGACAUUAGAGGGUCGUGUCUGCAACCUGGUGAUGGAAACACUUGGAACCCAGUUAAGUCAGCACCAGGAAUCCGCUUGCACCCAGCGCCCGCCCUUCUGGGGGCUCCCCCAGCUGGGCCAGCAUGGAGCCGGGGGGCUCAAACCCACUGCAGGACCCAGCCCAGGUGGACGCCAUGUCAUCAGAUGACUUUGACAUCGUCAUUGAGGCAAUGCUGGAGGCUCCCUACAAGAAAGAGGAGGCCCAGCCGGGACCCUCAAAGGCACCAGCUGAACCCCCGGCAGCUCAGCAGCAGCCUCCGGAGGAGCCAAGCAAGGAGGCCAAGAAAGAGAGCUCCAGCAGCAGCAAGAAGAAGAAGAGUCGGAGCCGCAGCCGGAGCCGUGACCACAGACACAGCCGGGACCGAGACAGGGAACGGCGGCGCCGCAGUCGGAGCCGGGAGCGCCGGCGUGAGGAGCGUUCCCGCUACCGCAGCCCUCCACCUUCGGGGCGUCGCUUUGGCCACAGCAAGAGUCCCCUGUACCGAGAGAAGAGCCCUGUGCGGGAGCCGCUGGGCAGUCUGAGCCCUGAGGAGCGGGACGCCCGCACAGUCUUCUGCAUGCAGCUGGCCGCUCGCAUCCGCCCCCGUGACCUCGAGGACUUCUUUUCCGCUGUUGGCAAGGUGCGGGAUGUGCGCAUCAUCUCGGACCGCAACUCACGCCGCUCCAAGGGCAUCGCCUAUGUGGAGUUUUGUGACAUCCAGGCUGUGCCGCUGGCCAUCGGGCUCACGGGGCAACGCCUACUGGGGGUGCCCAUCAUUGUCCAGGCCUCCCAGGCGGAGAAGAACCGGCUGGCAGCCAUGGCCAAUAACCUGCAGAAGGGCAGUGGGGGACCGAUGCGCCUCUACGUGGGCGCCCUGCACUGCAAUAUCACCAAGGAGAUGCUGCGGGGCAUCUUUGAGCCCUUUGGCAAGAUUGACAGCAUUGUGCUGAUGCGGGACCCAGACACUGGCCAGUCCAAGGGCUACGGUUUCAUUACGUUUGCAGAGGCAGAGUGCGCACGCCGGGCGCUGGAGCAGCUGCAUGGCUUCGAGUUGGCUGGACGCCCGAUGCGCGUGGGGCAGGUGACAGAGCGGCUGGAUGGCACCCCUGACGUCGCCUUCCCCGAUGGCGCCGAUGAGCCUGACCCGGCUGGUGCCUCUGGCCGCCUACAGCUCAUGGCCAAGCUCGCUGAGGGCUCCGGGCUCCAGCUGCCUGGCACAGCUGCGGCCCAGGCUGCCCUGCAGCUCAAUGGCGCCAUCCCCCUGGGGGCCUUGAACCCCGCUGCUCUCACAGCCCUGAGCCCAGCACUGAACCUGGCCUCGCAGACGCUGGCCUCCCAGUGCUUCCAGCUCUCGGGGCUCUUCACCCCCCAGACCAUGUGAGUGAGGGUUGGGGCCGGGGCGGAGCCUAGUGACUAUGGGAGAAGGGGCAAGGCCAAGGCAGUGGUGG